AGAUGGAAGUUUCAUGUUUCACCAACAUUUCAACUGGUAAGCCAGUCGAAGCUGUUGUAAUAGUAAUUGCGCACUAAUUUUAGAAUGUCUAUACACCUUAAACUGCUGUCAAUCAUAAUUAGUAUUCACUUUCUUUCGUUUUGUUUUGCUAGGCAUGGAGAAUUUAUAACAAAAUAUGAUCGUCCCUAUAGCGUUAUAAAUAUCAAAGUACCUAGAGCAGUUUGGCAUCAAGCUUUAAAUCCGACACCAGUGCUUAAAUCACCUGUGACUGUUACUAUACCUAUACACGUAGCUGCAGAAGAUGAAAAUGAAGUUGAAGAAGUUGUGAAUGACGGCACUGAAGUAAACGUCUCUGUGGAUAGUACUUUGAUAAGUGAUGAGUCAAUUUCAUCAGUACCUGCUAUGAGUGAUGAACCAAUUUCAUCAGUACCUGCUGUAAGUGAUGAACCAAUUUCAUCAGUACCCGCUGUAGCACCUGCACCCGUGGUUACUGCUACACAACCACCAGUACUUCAAGAUGGGCUGCCAGAUGGACCGGUGCAACAAGUAACUGGUCAAGUUACCAGAUUUCCAUGUACAUGUAACAAUGGUCAGUGCGGAUGUUGCACAGGAGCGUUUUUGGACCGUUUUAGAAUGAAAUCAUGUGGAAAUAUAUCAUUUGUGCCUGAAGAUUUUGUAUUUGAUGUGCGAUUAACCGUAAAUAAUAACACCGUUGUACGGCGUAGAGUUUCAGCCAGUAAUCCUCCGCCUAUAUGUUUCAAUCCCAGAAGAGCACCAUUUGUCCGUAUAUGUGCAGAGAUAAGCAACAUACGUAUUAGAAAUGGAAAUGCAUUUGCCUGUCUAGACAUUAAUGCAGACAUUGGCACCUUCCCUAUUUACUCUGCAUCUUUUAGAUGUUUUGGAUUAGGGUCGGCUGGUUUACAGACUGGACUAAAACCGAAACCAGUAUCUUCGGGUCCUAAGCCAGUAAAUUUAUUCGGAAAUGGUGGUACUACCAAUGAUGGAACCAUCUUAGACGCUGCCGGACAAAUAUUGUCUGGCGGCAAUGGAAAUGGAAUAUUUGGAGCACCAGAUGGCGGACUUUUCGGAGGAGGAGGCGGACCAUUAGAUGCUAUAGGAGACGCUGUAGGAAAUUUAUUAGAAUUAAGGCGAAUUGGCCGGCUAAUGGGCCGACUAUCUUACUUGCACUACAAGCAUUGGCACAGCUUCGUCGCAUUGGGCUUUAAGAUGGAAAUGUAUACCAAGUUAUUUUUUAUAGUGACUGUGUUCCUUAGCUCUGUUUGUGGAAACGUGGUAUCCUUCAAAGACUUUAACAGCACUGUUGAUAGAUUAAGAAAUAUUGAAGUACCUGAUAGUUCGUUGCUGUUGUUUGAACGUCUCAACUUGAGACAUAUAUCAAACAUUUCACAUUAUGCAAGACAAAGUCAAGGAGGAGAGCAAGACUCAUCAAGAAGAUGUACUUGUAGCCUAGGCGUUUGCAAAUGUUGUACAGGAUUUUUGAUGGAUUUGUUCAAUCAAAAAGCAUGUAUGAAAGUAACAUAUCAUCCAGGUGACUUCGCCUUUGAUGUUGCGAUGUCUUUCAAUGAUAGAGUACUUUACGAAAAUUCCGUUUCAGGAAAAAAUCCAAGACCAAUAUGCAUAAGUCCACCGAGACUCACGAAUUUAAAAGUCUGCGCACAAUUUUACAACAUAUUCUUUCCCGGAAGGAACUUUCACUUUUGUUUAGCGAUGAAUGGAAAAUGGCGAUCGUUGCAAUUGUUUAACUUCGCGUUUGACUGCUUAAGAAUGGGUGCAAAUGGAAUAGCUAUGAUGAGACCAGAGGAGAACGGUGGAAUUUCUAUUCCUAAUCCUCAAGGUGGAGUGGAUGCAGUUGUCGACGCAGGCGAAGACGAUAUAGAAGAAUACGAUGAAACUAAUAUAGUGCGAUCACUAUUAGAAAUAUUUGAUGAAGAUAAAUAAAAUGCUACUGUAUUUAAUGUUAUUGUAAUAGAGUGUAACUUAAGAUUAUUUAUUUAUUUAUUGUGUAGUUUGUAUAAGAUUAGAAUAAUAUUUAAAAGUGUUAAAAUAAAGUUU